AUGCCUGGAGUAUCUGGCGAGCAGAUAUCCAUCGAACUGGCGAAUGAGAAGGCCGACGAAGAAAGCAAGGAUACGAUGCUCGGAGAGGCAGUGAGCGAUACAAUGGGUUUCUGUGGUUCUACCUUCCGCACAGUAUAUCCUGGCUUCCAGUGCACACGUCUUCGCUGGAUUCCUGCAUUCAGAACCAACCUGCUGACUUGUCUUCUCCAGACGAGAUGUUCCAAGCAUUUUCACAGCACCCGCAAGGCUGACUGGCCCAUAUGGGCGGGUUUCAAGCCUUGUUCGAGCUCAGAGGCUCGUAGUCCUUCAAGACUCCGUUCGCACGUUCGUCCAGUCAGCAUAAUGGAAUCGUUUUUAGACAUUGAAUCGCUGGCCUCCGAAGCUGUCAGCAUGGCUCUUUUAGUCGGAGAUGCCAUCGAGAAGCGUGAUAAGAUGUGCUUGCCCACCAGAGAGCAACUCCCGGACACCGACAUCACGACUUUGCUUUCUGAAACGGUUAGGCUGGGAAACAGUCUGAACCAGUACGCCUAUCUUACAAGCAGCAAGAUGGCACCAAGCUGCGAUGAUGUGAGCGCGUUACGCCAUCGCUUCCGCCACGUCACUGAACCUUCAGAAGCCGGUCUUCACCUGGUGGAUGCGUCCAGACAUCUUGACGAAUCCUCUGAUAUCAACACCAAACCUUAUGAUCCACACUUGAGACUCGAGGCUGCAUGUGAAUCGGCGCAAGCGGGUGGCGCCUUUUGGUCCCUCGCGCUUCGUCAUCAGCUCACCAUCACCUGCACAUCAACACGCAAGUGCAUACUCAAGCAGCUCUCGCCACCACAAAAUCCAUUAGCCAGCUGA